AUGGAAACAAGGCCUUCCCGCGCGCGCCUCCGCCGCACGUUCCGCUACCCCGACGACUCCGACACCCCCUCCGCCCUCGACGAGCAAGCCCAGGAAACCCUCAUCGCAGACCUCGCCGCCCAGAACCAGCAGACAGACGCCUCCUUCGCCGCCGCCCUCCUCGUCCUGCCCGCGCUCUCGGCAGUCCCCUACGUCGCCCUGCUCCUCCGCGGCCCGCCGCACCCCCUCCUCGCCAUCCUGUCGCUCACGUCGCUCCUCUCCACGUGCUACACCCUGUACAAGCUGCCGCCCUCGGAGACGGGCAUCGCGCCGCUGGACGCAUGGAUCCAAAGGGCCGACGUGCCCGCCGCCAGCGAGACGGUCCGCCGGCUGAAGAGGGCCGCCGCCGCCGACAAGUCCCCGCUGGAGGUGUACUUGCCGUACCUGAACUGCGUGCUGGCGAGCCUGCUGGUCGUCAUGGGCUUGGUUGCGGGCAGAGGUCAAGGUGACGCGAGCUUCGCCUGGAUCGGCAUGGGCAAUCUCCCGGCCAUAGUGUACGGCGCCGUCCUGGCGGCAAAGGUUGUCAUGGGCGGCGUCAACCCCGAGAGGGAGUUGACCAGUCUCCGGUAUGCCUUGAAGGGCGCUUGA